ACUCCACAUCCCUCAUUCCCCGCGAGUGGAUAAGCCAAGCCUCGCGUGCACACCAACUCAAACAAAACUACAAAAACAAAUGAAGCAUAGUCGUUGCAUUUUCCUCUCUCUAAUUUCAAACACCAUGCAAUGCUCCUUCGCUCCCAACCAUUGAUAGAUAGAUUCAUAGCGUUUUGAUUUAGACGGCAACUACGAUGUCCGUGGAGGCAAGGAGGCUUGCCGUUUUGUGCGCCCAUCUCAACCCGAACCCGACCCUUUGGUAUUCGGAUCCUCCCUCGUCACACCUAUCGGCUUUGCUUUGUGCUUCUGCUUCCGAUACUCAAAACGACAAUUUUCAAGAGGAUUGCGUUUUCUGCAAGAUUAUUCGUGGUCAAUCACCUGCUCUGAAACUUUAUGAAGAUGACAUGUGCCUAUGCAUAUUGGAUACAAAUCCGCUGAGUCUUGGGCACUCUCUCAUUAUCCCAAAAUCUCAUUUUCCUUCACUGGAUGCUACUCCUUCAUCAGUGGUAGCAGCCAUGUGUUCAAAAGUGCCCUUCAUUAGCAAUGCAAUCAUGAAGGCUACUGGCUGCAAUUCAUUCAACCUGUUGGUCAACAGUGGUGCAGCUGCUGGCCAAGUAAUAUACCAUACUCAUAUCCACAUAAUUCCACGUAAAGCAUCCGAUUGCUUAUGGGCUUCUGAGAGUUUGCUAAGGCGGCCCCUUAAUUUAGACGAUGAGAAAGUUUCUCAGCUUGCAACUCGUAUUCAGAAGCAGUUGUUGCUAUCCGACGUGUGCCGCAACUGCAAGAAUGAAAAUUUUUGUUCAAGUAAAAGUUAGUUGGAUUAUUGAUAUGUUGUAACUUAAAAGUUCUUAUUUUCAUUUAGAGGAAUAUAUGCGCAUAAAUUUUUUUAACAUAAUCCUCAAAUUCAAAUAUUGAAGUUAUUGACCACAUGGAUCAACUUAUGUGGGGUUGCUCUAACUUAAUUAGUGAUUGUUUUGAGUCUGUAGAAAUGUAGUUGUGUUAAAUAUUCAAAAGAAAAGACUUUAUUGUUUACUUAGUUUGAACAUGAUCGUUUUUCAUAGAAAAUAUCCAUUGUUUAUACUAGC